GGGCACGGCGGGGGGGGGGCGGUGCAAUUUUGCGGGGCGCUUUGCAGACCGCCAGAGACACAAACAAGGCAGCGGAGGACGUGGCCAGCCCGCCCCACCCAGCCCGGCCCCGGGCGCGGUGCGGACCCGCCCCGGGCAGACCCGGCACAACCCAUCCGGGGUCAGCGCCCGGCGGCAGGAAGCGCAGCGCGGCGGCGGCGGCGGCGGCUCCGGUGCGACUCCGGUGCGGCGCGACCCACGGUCCUCGCCAGCCCCCGGCCCUGGCUGCGGGCGGGACAUUCCCGCGGCCCCCCCCCCGGGACCCUCCCCGUGCAGAGACCCCGGCCCGGCCCCCCCACCCCCGGCACCCCGAGCCCCGCCCCGGCUGUGCCCCACGUGGAGCGAAGGCUGCAGAAUAACGACCCCGUUUUGCUCCAGACCGUCCCAUCUUUCUCGGGGCCGGGACAGGGAAAUGGCUGUGGUGGAUCCAGCUCAGAUGCCGGUGACCUUCGAGGAGGUGGCUGUGUAUUUCACCGUGGGGCAGGGGGCUCUGCUGGACCCCUCUCAGAGAGCCCUCUACAGGGACGUCAUGCAGGAGAACUAUGAGACUGUGACCACGCUGGGACUCCCCUUUCCCAAACCUGACCUGAUAGCCCAGCUGGAAGCAGGGGAAGAGCCAUGGGUCCCAGAUCUCCAGAUCUUCGAGGAAAGGAAGAUCUCAAGAGGCACCCGCACAGAUGGUGACGAGACAAGUGAGAACGAGGAGGGGAAUCCACAACAGGAAGGUCCUGAGCAAGUGGAGCUGCAGGGAAACUUUUUGAGAAGAGCAGAUGGGAAUUUUCCCCAGUGCUUGGAACAGAGAAAAGUCUGGAGUAAUUGGGACAGGUCAGAGGGGAAGCUGGGAAACCAUCCAAGAAAGCAAGUGCACGAAUCCUUUGAAUGUGAGGGAGGAGACAAGGAUUCCAAAGAAACCACAGCCCAACAGACAAAUCCCAGGGAAAAGAAACCCUAUAAAUGCUUGGACUGUGGAAGAAGCUUCAGCUGGAUCUCAAACCUUACUACCCAUCGGAGACUACACACUGGAGAGAAACCGUAUAAAUGCCUUGAGUGUGGGAAAAGCUUCAGUCAGUGCUCAGGCCUUAUUAGCCAUGGGAGAACCCACACGGGAGAGGGACCAUACAAAUGCCUUGAAUGUGGGAAAAGUUUCAGUACAUCAUCAGUCCUUAUUAUACAUCAGAGAACCCACACGGGAGAGAGACCAUUUAAAUGCCUGCACUGUGGGAAAACUUUCAGUCAGCGCUCACAUCUCACAAGCCAUGGGAGAAUCCACACUGGAGAAGGCCCACAUAAAUGCUUAUACUGUGGGAAAAGUUUCAGUGGACCCUCAGCCCUUACUGCACAUCAGAGGAUCCACACAGGAGAGAAACCCUAUAAGUGCUUGGAGUGUGGGAAAAGCUUCAGUCAGAGCUCAAGCCUUAUUAGCCAUAGGAGAAUUCAUACAGGAGAGAAACCCUAUAAAUGCCUUGCAUGUGGGAAAGGUUUCAGUGUAUCAUCAGCCCUUAUUGUGCAUCAGAGAACUCACACGGGGGAGAAACCCUAUAAAUGCUUGGACUGUGGGAAAAGCUUCAGUCUGCACUCAAGACUUAUAAACCAUAGGAGAAUCCACACAGGAGAGAGACCCUAUACGUGCCUGGAUUGUGGGAAAAGUUUCAGCCAGCGCUCACAUCUUAAUAGCCAUGGGAGAAUCCACACAGGAGAGGGAACACAUAAAUGCUUGUACUGUGGGAAAAGUUUCAGUGGACCAUCAGCCCUUACUGCACAUCAGAGGAUCCACACAGGGGAGAAACCCUAUAAAUGCUUGUACUGUGAGAAAAGUUUCAGUCAACACUCAGGCCUUAUUAGCCAUGGCAGAAUCCACACGGGAGAGGGACCAUAUAAAUGCCUUGAGUGUGGGAAAAGUUGCAAUGCACCAUCAGCGCUUAUUGUACAUCAGAGAACUCACACGGGAGAGAAACCCUAUAAAUGCUUAUACUGUGAGAAAAGUUUCAAUCAGCGCUCACAUCUUACUAGCCAUGGGAGGAUCCACACAGGAGAGGGACCACAUAAAUGUCUUGAGUGUGGGAAAAGUUUCAGUGCUCCAUCAGCCCUCAUUACACAUCAGAGAACUCACACGGGAGAGAAACCCUAUAAAUGCCUUGAGUGUGGGACAAGUUUCAGUGCACCAUCAGCCCUCAUUACACAUCAGAGGACCCACACAGGGGAGAAACCCUAUAAAUGCUUGGACUGUGGGAAAAGCUUCAGUCAGAGCUCAAAUCUUACUGCCCAUCGGAGACUGCACAUGGGAGAGAAACCCUGUAAAUGCUUGGUCUGUGGGAAAAGCUUCAGUGCACCAUCAGCCCUUAUUGUACAUCAGAAAACCCACAUAGGAGAGAAACCGUAUAAAUGCCUCCACUGUGAGGAAGGCUUCUGUCAGCACUCACACCUUAUUCGACAAUCCACACAAGAGAAAAACCCCAUAAAUGCUUAGAUGAUUGGGAAAGUUUCAGUCCCCGCUCAUAACUUCAUAAAAAUUGAAGAAUUCACAUGGGACAGAAUCUAUAAAUGCCUCAACUGUGGAAAAAGUUUCAUUUGAAGAUCAAACCUUGCUUCACAUCAGACAACCCACACAAGAGAGAGAACCCAUAAAUGCUUGGAUUAUGGGAAAAGCUUCAAUAACUGCAAGAAGAGAUUCAGUCUGAGCUCACACAUUAUUCCUCAUCGCAUAAUUCACAGAAGAAAGAGCUUGAAUGUGGGGGAAGCUUUAUCUGGUGCUCACACGGCAUCAAGCCUCAGUAAAUCCACACAGAGAAGAGCCCUUUUAUGUGUCCUUAGCAUGGAAAAUGCUUCUGUUGGAGGUAACACCACAGUGAACAUCAGAGACUCCUCCACACAGGAGAGAAAUUCCCCCAGUGCCCUGACUAGAGCUGGCCAUAGUAAAAACUCCAUUUCCUAAUUCCCACAUGCAUUGGUGGCAUUUGGCUCCCAGGUAUCUGUUAGAGGGCUUUUCCCUUCACCUGCUUCCCUGGUUCUUGUCUCACAGACAGAGAGCAGACCAGAAGGCCGAAGGGCAGACAAUUCAAUGUUUAUUGGGGUUAGUUUCCAAGCAAGCAUAUUUUGCACCCUUCACACCAGUCAGGCUUAUCCCUAUACGCCGAUAGAGCCUUUACCCCGUGUCUCCCCCCCUUCCCGGCCCUGACGCUGCAGAGCCUUUACCCCGCGUCCCCCCCCUUCCCGGCCCUGACGCCGCAGAGCUUUGCCUGUGUCUCAAUUCCCCAUUCUCAUUUUCCAUUCCCUGUUCCCAGUCCCCCAAUCUCCCAUUCCCCAAUUACCAUUCCCCUUCCCCCUCCUCCUUUUUAGCAGGCCCAAAUAGACCUGCAGUGCACGCCCCUAGUCACAUCCCUUACAACUUAUGGUCGUGUUUUGUUCUCGAGGGUCAUGAGUUGGGGUCUUCAUGUCACCUCUUUUGUACCCCAUGGGAGGAGUGAGGUUGUUCUCCAGUUAGGGACAGGUAUUUCUUUGGUCUUUUAGUCUUUUACCUCUCCCCCUAUCCCUCCUUUCCCCUCCUGACUUGUGGCUUGACCUUGCUUUGAGAGAAAGAGUUGAGGCAGUUGUCAGGUGUGCGCUCAUAUAUUCCAUUCCAGCUAUGCCCAGUAACACUUCAGUUCCAGUUCUUCUCUCUUUUCACCCCAUCUGCUUGUGGGCAGAUGUAAAACACGGGGUCCUUGUCCUUUGUUUACACAUAUUAGUAUAAAAUGUAAGAGUAUCAAAAAGUCAACCCCCAAAUUCUUUCUCAGGCUGACAAACAGGCUUAUAUGCUAAGAGUAUCCAUCUGCCCGUCUCUGGGGGCAGGUUCCGGCAGCAGCUGACCCUGAGCUGAUCAGUGACCCUCUGGCUUUGCCUGGUCUAAGCUAGCCCCGGGCAGAGGAGGAGAAGCCCUGAUCAGCCCUCCGACAGGUUGCCCUGCCGAUCUGAGUAUGCCACCUGAGGUACUGGGGUUCCACUGAGCCUGCCCGUUGAGCCAGGGCCCCCUGCCCUGCCAAGCCAGGCUCUGCAGCCUGCUCUGUCUCACACACAGGAAGGGCCACAUCCUGCUGCAGAAAGACACAGACGCGGAGAUUAGGUCUGCACCAUGAGACCCAGCUCAGGAAGUGCCCCGCAUGCAUAUAGGAGUGCAAAGCCAAGGAGUGCACUGUCCUCCCAGCGUGGCACUUACCACAAUGGUCUGUGCUCUCCGUGCUUAGGAAUCACACUCUGAUUUCUUUGAUCCUGACUCAGACUCCUUAGGGCUAGAGAUGAGUGUCCCAGACCUGGAGGGGGAAUUCAAAUGAACCCCAAACCUCUGGCUGAUCUUUCUGAGCUAAAAUCCCUGCUUUCAUCUAUUGCAGAGGUCAGGAACCUUUGGCUCCCGGUCCGUCACGGUAAGCGCGGGCCGAGGGAUAUGCUGGCCGCGCUUCCUGCAGCCCCCACUGGCCGGGAACGGUGAACCGCAGCCACUGGGAGCUGCGAGCGGCUGUGCCUGUGGGCGCUCAGGUAAACAAAGCGUCUCGCGGCCCGCCAGCGGCUUACCCUGGCAGGCUGGGAGCCAGAGGUUGCCAAUCCCUGAUCUAUUGUUAAAGUAGCUUCUGGGCUUUGUAGAUGUUCAGGUUUGGGGUUUGGGUUUUUUUAUUAUUAUUUUUGCAUUAGGACGAUGUUAAAACUUUUGUAAAUGACCCAACAAAAUAAUGAGGAGGUGCUGAGUACAGCAGGUUUAGCCAGUUCAGAAGAAAAUGAAUAAACUGGGUUUCCUUCUUUGGGGAGUUAGAGUUCUGUGGGAUUUCAGUUUAUGAACCUGCAAGUAUUUUGUAGUGCACCUUGUAGUGUUGGUUUCUAUCUCUUCCUGAAGGCCGUUUUGGUCACAUGUUUGGAUAUUAGUUUACUUCGACAGGAUGUAGCAGGUUUAUUGAGGACUUUGAGACAAAGGAUCAAUUGCCAGAAGAGUCCUUUCUUUGUUUUAUUUUAACCAUUCUUUCCCAUUGUCAUAAGAUUUUUGUGUGUUUGAACAAUGAAAAGUCUCAAUAUCUGUCAGCAGGAACACUGAGGGUGAGUGCUAGAUUCACACUCCAAGAGGCUGAGACCGAGCGGGACAUGGAUUUACUGCCUGAUCCCUGCAGAGGUGUGAGAUGCACCAGGAGAGGGAGAGGGCAGGGAAACAGAGUUGGGAAACUGCAGAUUUUUCUCUUGACAUCCAGAGAGUGGAGGCUGAGAACUGUGAGCUUGCUGCACCAAUGCCAGAGAGAGACAGGAACUGUCCUGUGAGUGCUGGGUGAAGCCAUCCCUCAAAUCUAAAGGCUACAAAUGAUGCCCCGAGAUGAAUGAUCGGGGAAGGGGCAGCAUCUCCUGAGACAAGAAGGAAGCUGGGGAAACCAACAGGCCUGGGCCAGUGUUGAAGCCAGAUUGACCCCCAUCAUUGAGGCCAGAGGUAGAUGAGGAGACUGACAGCCCAGCUCAUCGCCCCUCCCCAUCUUCCAGUGUGAGGAUGACAGCAGCUCUCUCUGCCCCCCCUUAACCCCACACUGCAUCCGUCUAACCUCUGCUUCAUGGAUUCCCUGCCCUCGGAGUGUUUGCUUUGUGACUGGUCCCAGCAUCUCUCCUGGAUUCUCUUCCCUUUUCCACCAGUCGGUAAAUGUUGCUCUGUUGCGGGUGCGUGGGGGAUUUGGGCGCAGCAGUGUGCUGGGCUGGGAUGCAAAGUCCCGUGCUGAGCUGGGCUGGGGGACAGGAGUCUGUUUCUCCUUGGUCAUAAUAAAGUAGAAUUUAGUUUCUCA